UUCUAGCAGCCAAUGACUGCUUUUUGUGACCUUUCAAUAAUUCUUCUGAGGGAAGAAAAUGACAUUUGCGGGCUUAUUUUCACUGGACAGUAAUAAUCUGGCUCAAAACACGCCAAGCGGGCAGACAGACCACCAUGGAUCCAUUAUUGUUGCGAAGGAAAUUAUCAAUAACUGGUGUUGAAGAAGGUCUCUAAUCUCUAUCUGUGGGUCCGAGCUAGCCAAGGCUGGCCACUGGAGUACGGGAAAGGCAAAACAGCCAAUCAGACAGGGCACACCAAGUCUCCAACAACCACAAGCCUUAGCUUUCUCGUCCCACAAAUCCAAAAUCUUUUCUUUUCUUACCCUCAGAUGGAAGAAGAACCUUUUCUUGAUUUCCAAACUCAACCCCAACGCCAACUCGAAGUCAUUCUGGAAGAAGAUGACCAUGAAUUCUCAUUCCCAAUUCAACAAUCUCUCUCUACUCACAUCUACAAUGAAAUCCAAGAACAUCCACUACAACAAACACCUCAAUCUUCAACAACUGAUCUUGACAAACGAAGUAAGAAACUGGGUUCUCUUCACCGAUGCAAAACUGCUCCAGCCAUGGUGGUCCUUCGGGAUCCCAAACAUAAAACACCCCAAGUUCCUAAACCACAAUCAGAGUCCAGCUCCAUAAUCAGACAAGCUGUUUUUUUGCUUUCUGUAUACCUUUUACUUGGUGUUGCAAUAUAUUCUUUCAACACGGAUAAUUUCUCGGGUGUGGAAACUCACCCAGUUGUUGAUGCUCUCUACUUCUGUAUUGUCACCAUGUGCACUAUUGGCUACGGUGACAUCGCUCCUUUAACUCCUGCAACAAAAGUUUUUGCUUGUUUUUUUGUCUUGGUGGGAUUUGGAUUUAUAGAUAUUUUACUAAGUGGGCUUGUGAAUUAUGUUCUUGAUCUUCAAGAAAACAUGAUAUUGACUAGCAUACAAAUGGGUAAAGCUGAAGAAGGAUUUUCUGCAAAAAAUUAUAUUGUUGACGUGGCCAAAGGAAGGAUGAGGAUAAGACUGAAAGUUGGUUUGGCACUUGGCGUUGUGAUUUUGUGUAUUGGAGUGGGAACUUUAAUCUUGUUCUUCGUGGAGGAUCUUGAUUUGCUUGAUUCGGUUUAUUUAUCAGUUAUGUCGGUGACUACAGUUGGGUAUGGAGACAAGGCGUUUAAGACCUUACCAGGACGGUUAUUUGCGGCAGUUUGGCUUCUGUUUUCGACCCUGAUGGUAGCGAGGGCGUUUUUGUACUUGACUGAGGCAAGAAUUGAUAAGAGGCACAGGAGGAUUGCUAAGUGGGCGUUGCACAGAGAUAUCACUGUUGAGGAUUUGCUUGCUGCUGAUAUCAAUAACAAUGGCUUCAUUAGCAAAUCAGAAUAUGUUAUCUACAAGCUGAAAGAGAUGGGAAAGAUUGGGGAGAAAGAUAUAAUGCAGAUUUGCAACCAGUUUAGCAAGCUUGAUCCUAGCAACUUUGGGAAAAUAACAUUGCCUCGUCUUUUGGAGGAUAGAUUUUGACAGUAAAAGAAUGAUUUUUAUUCAUCUUCUUUCAACAUAAGACUCAGGGUUUAUCUUCUUAAUUUGGAAGUGAUGCAGUAAGAAGUAUUGGGCAGUCUGAGGCUCUGAGCAUUUUCAUCCAAAGAAUAUGAAAAAUUUAAGUAUGGAGUAUUAAGAAAUAACAUUGUUGGUCGAUGAUGAAGCACUUUUGCAGGCUUCAAUCGCUUAUAGAAAGCAUAAACCGUGUUAUACUAGUUUUAGAUGGUACAUUCUUGAAAGAAACAGGAGACAAUGCGAUGGCUGUUCUAUUGAGAAGCUAUAUAUACUAGACAGUUUUAAUCUCAUAAGGGCUCUUAAGGUGUAUAUAUAUUUAUUGACUUUGCAGUGAAGUGUAAUGACAAAUAAAUUCUACUUCGCAAAUAUAGGAAUCGGAUUAAGUUCAA